GAUUUACUUCAUGCAGCCGCAGUCGCAGCAGUUUCAGCAUCCUUUUUAUAUCUUCGGUCGUUCUCCUGCUCAGCAACUACAGCAAGUACAGCAACAGCAGUAUCAGCAACCACAGCAACAGCAACAGCAACAGCAACAGCAGCAACAAAAGCAACAACAACAACAACAGCAACAGCCAGGCAAUCUAACUGCUGCCCCUCUCGUUUUGACUAGGUCAUUCAUGGCUGCCUAGCCAAAUUACCAGAAUAUCUC